CCCUCAUUCUGCCACGUUGCUGUCAAAAUAAUUGUUUACCUUUUUGUACAAGCAUUUUGUAUGAAGCAUUUUCACAAAACGAGAAAACUCUUUUCUUCAAAAGAUUUUUUACAUUGCUGUUAAGUUUUUUGCUGAGAGGGCUUUGAAAAAUGCACUUUUUCCAGUCAAAUUUGUAGCCCUCUAUAACCAUAAUUUACACUAUUAUUGGAAAAUUCUUCUUGUCUAGUCUUUACGUAUUUAUGUCUUUGACUUUGUUUUGCUUUGAUUUCUUCUUUACCACGCAUUUUUGCUUUGUUUCGUUUUUUCUUUUUCAUUAUUAGAUGUUCAUUCUUGUGCGGACUUGUUGGCAAACGAUUUUCUAAUGCAAGCGACGAAAUUGAAUGUAAACAUUCGGACCUUGCUCGCAAAUUGCGAGGAACUGGCCAAAGAUGAAGUGAACUAUUGGCGUCUAAAGAAAUUCAUUAAGUCCUUAGACACUAUGAUUGAAGAGCUCGGAGGCAUGGAAGAUUCAUACAGCAAUGAGAAGAUUCCGGAUUAUAGCAAACGAGUUCAACAUUUAAAAAUGUUGACGAAUUACAUCGACAGUCCAAUAUCGGGGAAUAGGAAGAGAAUAUCUGGACAUCUCAAAACAGCUGUUGAGACUGGCGAUGAAGCUUUGAAGGAAGUCAAUCAAUUGAAUCAGACCAGACAAUAUGUAGAGCUUCGGAAAGAAUUGUUGCAGGACGAUUCUUUAAGAAGAAGGAAACCGUUAGAGGAUAACACCGGUGAUCAGGGGGAAGCUGUGAAAUUUAUACGUGAUAAUCAGGAGAAAAUUACAGAGCAUAUGUUAUCACUAACAAGAAAUUUAAAGGAACAGACGGAGACGGCCAAUAAAAUCAUAAGAAAGGACACUGAAAUGAUGUCAAGAUCAGCCGGGAUGACGGAUCGAAAUAUAAGUGCCUUAAAUAAAGAAACUGAAAAACUAGAGGACCAUUCGCGCAAUGCGUGGAAGUGUUGGAUGUGGUUAAUGAUUGUGUUUGUAAUAGUAACAUUUAUUGGAAUGGUUUUAUUUAUGAAAAUAGUCAAAAAGAAAAAAUACUAAUUAGAAAUGUUGUUUCCUUUCUUAAUUUAGAUCUUAAUUGAAAUGUUCUGUAUUGUUACGCGUCUUUGUUUUCUAAUAAUUAUACUCGUUUUUGCUAAAACGUAUGCCUUUUUUAAUAGCUUGCGAUUUCCUUCUUCGCGGCAUGUCAAGCUCCGGCUACGCGAACCAACCUUAAUGAUAAUGAUUUACAGGUAGCAGCAAAACCCAUCUGAUUUAAUUCUAUAGUACUACCAGUGUGAAAUUAUAUAUUGUAUUUUUGUGAUUUAAUUCCACUUUUUGAUAUACAAUUUCGCUGCAGGGCGAUGUGAACAUAUUUUUGCCUAAUAAAAAAUUCGCUUUUAUACUUAACAAAACGGCGAUGGAGUGGACACGUUUUUACGCGGUUAAGGAACAGCUACGCCACAUUAGGUAAUACAGUCGUAUAUUAUGCAGAAUAUAUUAUGAAUAUAUGCAGUUUAUUUCAAUUUGAAAGGGUUGUUGAUUUUUUCACGAUUUUCUAGAGAUUGCCUUAAAUGUAGAGAGGACCUACAGUUCAGAGAUUUUGACCACAGGGGAAUGAUAUGCAAGCAUAAGAAUUUAAGAAUUUUAUAUUUAAAAAAAUCCAUUUUUGAAAAUAAAAUAAUUUAUUUUAAAUUAA